AUGAUUUUCAUAGUGUCCCCGUUGUGGCGGCCUUUGAGAAUCUUUGAGAGUACAAACUUGCUCGGCCAAAUCCGAUUAUCAUCGUCGAAGCGCUGGCAAGCUCGUCAGCUUAAGGACCAGUUCACUCGAGAAGCCGCCGUUCAAGGUCUAAAAAGCCGUGCAGCCUUCAAGCUCCUACAGAUUGACGAGAAAUACCGGAUAUUCAAACGAGGGCAAACUGUCGUGGAUCUGGGGUAUGCACCUGGAUCAUGGUCACAAGUGGCUGUCAACCGCACCCAACCGGACGGACGAGUUCUAGGCGUCGAUAUCAUUCCAGCUCAACCUCCGAAAGGCGUAUCCACCAUCCAAGGGAACUUUCUCGCGCCCGAGAUCCAAGCGUAUAUUCAAGACUUUCUGCGCAAUCCCAACCGAGGUAGACUGCGCGAGGCCAGUCAUGAUUCCGGCGUCAGUUCAUUAGAGCCUGGAGUGGGGUUAGAUCAGGCGUUGGCACAGAACAAGAUUGCAGAAGAAGUUUCAGAGGAAGAGAAAAGGACCCUUGAAAGAACGGUAGAUGUGGUCCUCAGCGAUAUGUCCGAACCCUGGCUCCAGACAUCUGGUUUCUGGAAACGAAGUCUAAGUAAUCCUUAUAACAGGAUGAUGAACACUAGCGGCAACAACUUUAGGGACCACGCCGGUAGUAUGGAUCUCUGCAACGCUGCUUUACAAUUUAGCUCGGAUGUCCUGAAGAUCGGAGGACACUUUGUUUGCAAAUUCUAUCAAGGUGCAGAGGACAAAGAGCUAGAAAAAAGCCUGAAGGACUUAUUUCAAAAAGUCCAUCGACUCAAACCCGAGUCCUCCCGCAGCGUAAGUCGUCCUUUUGUGUGCUAA